CGUUUUCGCAGAGGAAGCUUCUCUAUUGCAACUUGGGUGCAGAGGGUCCGCGGGGAAACAUGGCCGAAGGAGGGUCGGGCAAAGGUGGCGGAGAAGACCCCGCCAAGUCCACCGAGCAGGAGGAGGACCGGACUCGACCUCAGGUCCUGUCGGGAUCGGGCUUCUGCAAAUGGUUCAACGUCCGGAUGGGAUUUGGAUUUAUCUCAAUGACCAACAGCGAAGGCAGCCCCGUCGACCCCCCUCUGGAUGUUUUCGUCCACCAAAGCAAACUGGUGAUGGAGGGCUUCCGCAGCUUAAAGGAGGGUGAGCAGGUGGAGUUCACCUAUAAGAAGUCCUCUAAGGGCCUGGAGUCCCUGCGGGUGACCGGACCUGGUGGGGGACCCUGCGCAGGCAGUGAGAGGAGACCCAAAGGGAAGGUCCCACUGCAGAAACGCAAACCAAAGGGAGACCGCUGUUAUAACUGUGGAGGUCUGGAUCACCAUGCCAAGGAGUGUGGCCUGCCCCCCCAGCCAAAGAAAUGCCACUACUGCCAGAGCAUCACGCACAUGGUGGCUCAGUGUCCCCACAAGGCGCUGGCGCCCGCCACAGGCUCUCAGGACCAACAUGCGUCUACCUCGGCCUCUAGCCCAGGGACCGGGCCCUACCUCUGUCUCCCGGAGGAGGAGGAGCGCUCUGGCUCGUCUCCUCUGGAGGGCUCCACAUCUUCCCCCGAGGAGCCCCAUACACAUCGUGGCUCGCGGACCCAGAGGUGGAGGAAAUCCUGAAAAUAGUCCAUAGAGCGCAGCUAUGGCAACGAUCAACGGGGGUACGUGAUGGGCAUGAAUGUGUGUGACUGACUUGCAGUCAUUUGGUGCAGCUAUAGCAACCACCGCUGGAAUGGUG